AUUUUCCCCUCAAAUCAACCUCCAAAAAUCAAAAUUUCCAAUUAUCUCGCUGGACUAUUUUAUUAAUUUCACUCCCAUCACACGCCGAUUAGUCUAUCGAUUAAACUUUCACCUUUUUUUUCUCCCCGUGAUUAUUGAUUUUUUUGAUAGUUCACUUGAAUCGACUAGACUUGAUUCUUCUCUCUCCCUCUUUUUCAUUCAAUUCCUGUCGAAAGUUAUUUCCUUGAACUUUUAAAUGAGGAACCGGCAAUUUAUACCUGCUCAAUCACCGAUAAAUAAAAGAGGAAGAAGUGAACUCAAAAGUGGAUCGACAAAUUGUACAAGUAUUUUUUUUACCAACAAUAGGAAAAGGAAGUAGAAUUAAGUGAUAAUGGCGUACGACGAUGUAAUAUUACGAAUGGGAGAGUUUGGAAGAUAUCAGAGGAAAAUAUAUCUCCUCCUGUGUCUACCAGCAAUAAUAUGUGCUUUUCACAAGCUAGCCGGUGGUUUCCUCGGAGCUUACAACCCCCACAGAUGUUUACUGCCACAUGAAUUUUCAGAAAAUGCUACAUUUUACAUGAGUCCCGAAGCCCUAAACGCGAGUUACGAGUGGGAUCCCAAAACACAAAAAAUAUUAACGUGUUUCAUACGUGAUAACGUAACGAGACUUUACGGUAAUGAUGAUAAUAAUGAUACGAAUGACGUAACAAGAACAACGGUACCCACGACCUGUCGUGAAUUUGUCUACGACACCAGCAUCUACAAGAGUACAACAACGACCAAUUGGAACUUGGUAUGUGAUAAAGCCUGGCUGACAGCAAUGGGGAACUCAUUGUUCAUGGUAGGAGUGAUGCUUGGCUCAAUGGUAUUCGGUUGUUUGUCCGAUAAAUUUGGACGUAGACCAAUUUUCUUCCUGUCCUUAGUCAUUCAACUGGUAGGUGGUAUUCUCGUAGCAGUUGCACCAGAGUACAUAUCCUACGUCAUCUUCAGACUGAUUGUCGGCUCAACAACGAGCGGUGUUUUCCUAGUAGCCUAUGUAAUCGCACUCGAGAUGGUUGGACCAAAGAAACGUCUCGUUGCUGGUGUUGGAUGUCAACUAUUCUUCACCACCGGCUACAUCAUGACCGGUGGAUUCGCCUACUUCAUCACCGAUUGGAGAAAAUUGCAAAUAGCCCUGACUAUUCCCAGUUUUGCAUUUUUAUUUUACUGGUGGUUUAUCCCAGAGUCAGCCCGAUGGCUGCUGACUAAAGGAAAAGUCGAAGAGGCUAAGGACCUCCUCCAUAAAGCCUCCAAAGAGAAUGGAAUGGAAAUACCUCGUGAUACGAUAGACUGUCUCCUCAAUGACUCAAUUGAGUCGAAAUUAUCAUGCGAACAAGCAUCUCUCUUCGAUCUCUUCCGUUACCCAAAUCUCAGACGAAAAAGCAUUCUACUUUUCUUCAACUGGCUGGUGAACAGUGGAACGUAUUACGGUCUCUCCUGGAAUGCCUCUAACCUCGGUGGCAACGAUUACAUCAAUUUUGUGGUCCUGGGUCUGGUCGAAGUGCCAGCGUACACAUUUCUCAUCUUCACCCUGGAUCGUUGGGGCCGAAAAAUUAUUCUGUGUGGUUGCAUGAUUGUAUCUGGCGUUGCACUUCUACUGACAAUGGCUGUGCCACAAGACAAUACGACAGCUAUCGUUACACUAGCAAUGAUCGGCAAAUUAGCGAUAACUUCAUCGUACGGUGCAAUUUAUAUAUUCACCGCUGAGCAAUUUCCAACAGUUGUUCGUAACGUUGGCCUUGGCGCUUGCUCUACUUUCGCUAGAAUUGGUGGGAUCAUUGCACCUUACAUCAAUCAUUUGGCACUUAUCUGGACGCCCUUUCCCCUAGUUAUCUUCGGUACAAGCGCACUUCUAGGUGGAAUGGCAUCAAUGAUGCUACCCGAGACAUUAGAUAAAAAAUUACCCGAAACAAUUCGAGAUGGUGAAUUAUUUGGAAAAAAAGACACUUGGAAAUCGAAAAAGGAGAAGAAACGUCAGCAAAUCCAACAACUGGAUGUCCAACAAUUGAAUGACGUCGAAUCGAUAAAGCCACUUAAAGCCCUAGAGAAUGGUGUUCACGAUUCAAAGCAGAAUGGAUGACCCAGUGAAAAAAUUCACCCACAAAAUACGAAUUAAUUCUAAUCUCUCAGUAUUUUCUUUUUUUUUGCUACCACGACUCUACCCCCACCUCUCAGUGCUUAUCGCGAGCUAGAUCAGUGAUUAAAAAACAUUAAAACAAGUGCACGAGUCUGUGGAUCGGUAACGAAACCGCUCGACAAAAAAAAAAAAAAAGAAAACAAAAGAAAUGAA